AUGGCUCGUCCUCAUCGGGUGUUUCUCCUCCUCGUCGCCUUCACGGCGGAGUUUAGUCUGACGGGAAUCUUUGCCGGAGCGGUCGGCGUGAACUGGGGAACGGAAGCGUCGCACCCUCUUCCUCCUUCCAAGGUUGUAGAGCUUCUGAAAUCCAACGGCAUUGCCAAAGUGAAGCUCUUCGAUGCCGACCCAAAAGUUCUACAAGCUCUCUCUGGUUCCAAUGUCGGUGUCACUGUCGGAAUCCCUAAUUCUAUGAUUAAGAGCUUGAAUGCGUCCAGAAAGGUUGCAGAGAGCUGGGUUCAUGACAAUGUCACUCGUUACUUCAACGGCGGAAACAGAGUUCGAAUCGAGUACGUAGCAGUUGGAGACGAGCCAUUUCUCCAGAGCUAUGGCAAUCAGUAUAAAUCUUUUGUCAUUGGAGCAGCUAUGAACAUCCAAAGUGCUUUAGCUAAGGCGAGCUUGGCGAAUGAAGUGAAGGUCGUCGUCCCCUCCAGCUUUGAUUCCUUUCUUUCUGAAUCCGGUCGACCUUCUUCCGGACAUUUUAGGACUGACCUCAACAAGACAAUGAUUGAACUCCUCUCGUUUCUCUCAAAGCAUCAUUCGCCUUUCUUUGUGACAAUCUCUCCUUUCUUAAGCUUUCACCAGAACAAGAACAUCUCCCUCGACUUUAGUCUCUUCAAAGAAACAGCAAAGGCUCGCAAAGACGGACGUAAAACCUACAGAAACAGCUUUGAUCUGAGCUACAACACACUUGUCUCUGCAUUGUCCAGUGUCGGGUUCCCUGAGAUAGAUAUCGUCGUGUCGAAGAUCGGUUGGCCUACUGAUGGAGCAGCUAAUGCCACAUCACCGACUGCUGAGGCGUUCUUGGAAGGACUGAUGGGUCACUUGGAGAAAAUGACGGGCUCUCUGCUGCGCCGUCCGGUUGAAACCUAUAUUGAAAGCCUCUUGGACGAAGAUCAGCGAAACCUAUCCUCUGGGAACUUUGAGAGGCACUGGGGAGUGUUCACAUUCGAUGGUCAAACCAAAUACAGUUUCAGCUUCAACCAAAACUCGAAGAAACUGGUAAACGCACAGAACGUUCAGUACCUGCCUCCUAAGUGGUGUGUUGUGAACAAUAACAGGGACCUAUCAAACGCGUCAGCAAAAGCAUUGGAGGCGUGUUCUGUCUCGGACUGCACCUCGAUACUUCCCGGUGGGUCGUGCUCAGGCAUCGGCUGGCCAGGCAACGUGUCAUACGCGUUCAAUAGCUUGUAUCAGCAAAAUGAUCACAGGGCACAAAGCUGCGACUUUGGUGGACUUGGUUUGAUCACUACAGUUGAUCCUUCUGAGGAAAAUUGCAGGUUCUGGAUUCAACUUGACACUUCUCAUUCAUCUUCUCAAAUUCCUAUUUUGUUUCAGAGCCUUCUUAUUCUUCUUACUGUCUGGACUCAAUUAAAGUUGUAG